AACCACCCUCGGCGGAACCACCCUCGGACAUCGCUGCUGACCAGCGGCCAUGGGCUCCGAGCGGGACUCCGAGUCGCCGCGCUCUUCCUCCAUCCACUCGGCCGCCGCCAAGUGCCCCAAGCCCGGCCGCCGCCGCCGCCUCUCCUUCCAGAGCGUCUUCUCCGCUGCCGCCGCCUCCGCCGCCGGCGGCCGCCGCCGCGCCAAAGCCGAACCGCCUCCCGCCACCCCCCCGCCGCCUCCUGCCGCCCCGCCGGCCCCGCCGCCUCCGCCGCCGCCGCCUCCGCCGCCCCCUGAGGAAUCGCCGGUGGUCCCGGAGGGUGGGAGCGAAGAGGAGCUGGAGUGUCCGCUGUGCCUGGUGCGGCAGCCGGCGGAGAACGCCCCGCGGCUGCUGUCGUGCCCGCACCGGUCGUGCGGGGCCUGCCUGCGGCAGUACCUCCGCAUCGAGAUCACCGAGUCCCGCGUCAACAUCUGCUGCCCCGAGUGCAGCGAGCGCCUCAACCCCGCCGACAUCCGCCGCCUGCUCCGCGAUUCCCCGCACCUCGUCGCCAAGUACGAGGAGUUCAUGCUGCGCCGCUGCCUCGCCGCCGACCCCGACUGCCGCUGGUGCCCGGCCCCCGACUGCGGUUACGCCGUGAUCGCCUACGGCUGUGCCAGCUGCCCCAAGCUGACCUGUGAGAGGGAUGGCUGCCAGACAGAGUUCUGCUACCACUGCAAGCAGAUCUGGCACCCCAACCAGACGUGUGACAUGGCGCGGCAGCAGCGGGCUCAGGCGCUCCGCGUGCGGACCAAGCACACCUCGGGCCUCAGCUACGGGCAGGAGUCUGGCCCAGCUGAUGACAUCAAGCCAUGCCCACGGUGCAGUGCUUACAUCAUCAAGAUGAACGACGGGAGCUGCAACCACAUGACGUGCGCCGUGUGCGGCUGCGAGUUCUGCUGGCUCUGCAUGAAGGAGAUCUCGGACCUGCAUUACCUCAGCCCCUCUGGCUGUACAUUCUGGGGCAAAAAGCCAUGGAGUCGUAAAAAAAAGAUCCUGUGGCAGCUGGGGACGUUGAUCGGCGCUCCCGUGGGCAUCUCCCUCAUUGCUGGCAUUGCCAUUCCUGCCAUGGUCAUUGGCAUCCCGGUGUACGUGGGGAGGAAGAUCCACAGCAGGUAUGAGGGAAAGAAGACCUCGAAGCACAAGAGGAACUUGGCAAUUACUGGUGGGGUCACCCUGUCUGUCAUUGCCUCUCCAGUCAUUGCUGCUGUCAGUGUUGGUAUUGGAGUUCCCAUCAUGCUGGCCUAUGUCUACGGCGUGGUGCCCAUCUCGCUGUGCCGGGGCGGUGGCUGCGGGGUCAGCACAGCCAACGGGAAAGGGGUGAAAAUCGAGUUUGACGAAGAUGAUGGACCCAUCACAGUGGCCGACGCCUGGCGAGCCCUGAAGAACCCCAGCAUCGGGGAGAGCAGCAUCGAGGGGCUGACCAGUGUGCUGAGCACCAGUGGGAGCCCCACCGACGGGCUCAGCGUCAUGCAGGGCAACUACAGCGAGACCGCCAGCUUCGCUGCCCUCUCGGGGGGCACCCUGAGCGGGGGGGUCCUCUCAGGGGGCAAGGGCAAGUACAGCAGACUGGAAGUUCAGGCAGAUGUCCAGAAGGAGAUCUUCCCCAAAGACUCGGUCAGCUUGGGGGCCAUCAGUGACAAUGCCAGCACUCGAGCCAUGGCUGGUUCCAUCAUCAGCUCCUACAACCCCCAGGACAGGGAGUGCAAUAACAUGGAGAUCCAGGUGGACAUCGAAGCCAAACCAAGUCACUACCAACUGGCCAGUGGCAGCAGCACAGAGGAUUCCCUGCACGUCCACACCCAAAUGGCAGAGAAUGAGGAAGAGGAGGAGGAAGAGCAGGAGCAGCUGUGCCAGCACCAAAUCUGUGAGCAAAGGGACUGUGUUGCCAGCAAAACCUGGGACAUCACCCUGGCCCAGCCCGAGAGCAUAAGGAGCGACCUGGAGAGCUCGGACAGUCAGUCGGACGACGUGCCCGACAUCCCCUCGGACGAGUGCAGCUCCCCCUGCUCUCAGACUGCAGCAGCCUGUCCCCAGCCUGUCCCCAGCAGCCCCCAGCCCCUCCCCAGCCCCCAGACCCCCAGAGCGAGAGGUGCCGAGAGCCCAAGUGCCCACCUGAGCCACUGUGCCCAAGCUGAGGGCUGCAGGCUGGACGAGAUGGUCAAACUGGAGUGCAUCGAAGCCCGAGUAUGAAGGGGCCUCCUGCUGAGAAGCACACUUGGUUUCAUUGCAUUUUUAGUUUUCUGGGGGAGGGGAGGGCCCAGGGCUGUGUCCAUGUUGGCUUCUGUUGUUCUCCAGCUGGUUCCCCAGCCUGGCCUGGGGGAGCUGCUGUUUCUUACGUGACAAAAAAGGGGAAAAAAAAAAAAAAAAAAAGAGGAAAAAAAACCCAAACCCAACAAAAUAAUCCCCCACCCUCAUUUUGUUUUAAUUUAUUGAUUCAAGCUCUGUGAGGUGUGUAAGAGUGUAAAUAUGUACGUGUGUCUGUACGUCUGCAAACAUCCCAAGGGACUAUUUGAAUAAAGACUCUCGUUGUCAUUCGACUCGCA